GAGCGAGCCAGGAGGAGCGCGUCGUGGCUGGCCAGCCGCCCCGGGACACGCGAUCCCGCCUCCUGCCGCAGCACCUUGGAGCGGCGAAUAUCUCGAGCGGGGUGGCCGGGUGGAGCGACGGCUACCCGCCCUUCUUGAUUUCGGUUUGAUUGCGCCAGCCCAGCGCAGGCCACGCUCGCCGCGGUGCCAGAGGCGGCAGCGAAGAAGCCUCUGAAGAGCGCCCGCGGGUCUCGUUGUCUUUCUUGGCGAGCGCGGCCGUCGAUCUCGACUCAGCUUUGGUGCCGAUCGGGGGUAAUCUCCGUGGAAGCGCAGAGCCCUGACCUCGCAGGCUCCAGGCGCCACCUCUUCUCUCCGCCCUCCCCACGCUCGAAAUUGGCUUCCUUGUGUGGGUGGGGGGUCUCCUCUGCCUCCACCCCCGCCCUUCCGAUCGCCUCUGCCAGCUGGUGGAUGCUGACAGACCCUCGGCGGCUAGAAGCCAAAGAGAGCGAGCGAGCGAGCGAGGACCCCCUCAGUUCUGGAGAUUCAUCAUGGGGAACAACGCUGGAAAGCGAGAUCAGACUGCUGAGAAGGUGAAGAAUACUGAAGCCACAGCAGAGGAAACUGAGGUUAAACCAAACUCCAAAGCAGCCCGGCUAACCCAAGAACCAUCAGAAGACAAUGAAGUGUUUGGAGAGGCAGAUGUGAACCAGAACAAUGGGACCUCCACCAAGAGCACAGCGGUGACAGACUCCAAGGGCGCAGCAGACCCAAAGAAUGCCUGGAAGGAGGCCAGCCCAGCUGACACGACUGGUCGCCCCCAUUUGGUCCGCCUCUUUUCCCGAGAUGCCCCAGGGAGAGAAGACAACACCUUCAAAGACCGGCCCUCUGAAUCAGAUGAGCUGCAGACCAUUCAGGAAGACAGUGCAGCAGCUCCUGAGAAUUCGGAUUUGAUGGCUUCACAGAAACGCUCCUCUUUCCGGCACGGAUCCAAACUUGCAACUGCAAGUACUAUAGACCAUGCUAGACAUGGAUCCCCAAGAAGAUACAGAGAACCGGGUCUACUUGACUCACUGGGCAGAUUCUUUGGAGGUGACAAACAUGUGCCCAGGAGGGGCAAGGACUAUCAUCACGCUGCCAGAGCUAGCCAUGUAAGUUCCCUGCCUCAUCCAAGGUCUCAGCACGGACGAUACGUGGAUGACAACCCAGUAGUCCACUUCUUCAAGAACAUUGUGUCACCCAGGACAACUCCUCCUCUGCAAGCAAAGGGAAGAGGAUUAUCCUUCAGCAGAUUUAGCUGGGGUGGUGAAACUCACAAGCCUGGAUAUGGAAGUGGCAAAUUCUAUGAGCAUAAAUAUGCUCACAAGGGACACAAGGGAUACCACGAUGGCCAGGGAACACUGUCUAAAAUCUUUAAACUGGGAGGUUCUGGUUCCCGACCUGGUUCCCGGUCUGGCUCUCCCAUUGCUAGGCGCUGAAGCUCUAGAUUGUCACCAAAGGCUACGUUCUCUGCUUCAUAACAUAGUUGCCUUAAAAGUUCAAUAACAAAUUGCAGAAUUCCCUAGGUAGAAAUACAAUCUAUUUGUUAAUGUCAGUUGAGCUGUGUAUGCAGCAAGAGUAUAAAAAAUUGUAUUGGCAAAUGCUGACCAACAGUUAAACAAAAGCAAGCAAACAGAAAGUAUUUCCUAAACUUGCAGUAAAGCUUUUACUUGCUGUCAGCAUGACUUUAGAGAAAGUAACAAAAUUCCCAAUAUUAUUCAUUCUUCUUCAAGGUGUCCCCAAAGAAUAUAAGGCCUUAAUUUUUGAAGCUCGCACAUUAAGUCCCUUUCAGAUUUCUUUUUCACUUAACCUCAAUAACAACAUAAAACACAUAAAUUGUCUAGAUUAGUGUUGCCAUUAAUGAACCUUUGAGAUCUCUGCUGUAAACCAAUGAUAAUAAACACAUGUGCAGAAGUUGUAAGGACUGUUUAUCCAUUUUUUAUGAUUUAGUUUUGAUUUAUUAUUAUUAUUUUUUCAGUAGCCCUUUUCUUUCACAAUUUCAUUUUAUUUUCCUAACUGGAUUAGGCAGUCAUGGAAAGGUAUAUUAAAUUGGGUGUUCAAGGCAUGUUGCGAUGUGGGAGAAGGCAGCUGUUACUGUUUCAAUGAGACUGAGCAAUUGUAAUAAGGAAUUAUAUCCAUUUUAAGGAGCUUCUUGGGCAUGGCAAAUUGCUCAUCACACCCAACUUAUUAGGAAUUAUGAGUGGCUGGGAGAAGGAAAAAAGGAUAUCAAACUUGAAUUAGACUAGCUUUACAACAUCAGGGAUAAACCCAAAAGAAGGAAAACCACUUGGAAUGUGAACUAUGGAUGCGCCCACAGCUCCAUACAGGCACUGGCUGCAAAGUAAGCUUUUCUGCAGCUAAAACAAAAAAAAGUCUAAUUUCUAAAUUACAGAAAGCCCUUCGGUUAUGAAGUUUCAGCUAGUAACUGCACAUGUAAAGUUAGCAUUUCUACCUGUCCUGUUAGUGCAGCAAAGUUAACAUGCAGUGCACCAGAGCAAACUAUACUGUUGUGUUGUAGCUUAUAUACAUUAAAAUUAGUGAACUAGAGAUAGGCAUUAACAAUUCACCCAUAUACUAAGAUAAACACAUGUGGAAAUGGGUCUACCCAUCUACAUAAAAAUGCUCUUCUGAAUUGCACUGUUUUAUAAUAUUCAACCUGUUCUGUCUCUAAAUGACCUUCCUUUACUCAUGUAAUACUUUACUGAGCUUAUCUGAUAUAGACAGUAUAGUUAAGACUAAGAUGACACCUGCCUUUAGUUAAGCUUAUGAAUAUCCAGAAAUACCAAUGUUAAUGCCAACCGGCAUAUAAUGGAUGUUGUUCUUGUUAAUGAUAGAUCAUCUUAAUCUACCAGAGGAUUCAAGCAACAUUCUUAAUAUGCAGCAAGAAAGGUGAGAGGGUAGAUCAACACAGAAACUAGAUAAAGCAGAAUUCCAGAACUGGUCAGCACACACACCUAUAACAUCAUUCAAACUGUUGUUGGCUAUGUGAAUUUUUCUAUGUGUAGCCUCAUCUGGUUGUGUAUUCCACAACAUAAUAGUGAGUUUCAUUUAAGUGUAUUGUUCUUAAAAGUGUAUGAAUACAACUCCUAAAAAUCAAUAUUGAAAUA